CUCAUUGCUAUUGCAACAGACAUAGCGAGAAAUCCAUUCCAAGCGACAAAAUUUAUCGGCUCUCUCGCCAAAACUUCAAAACGAAUCGUUUCAGUUGACUAUCUCUGAACAACAGCAACCAUGGGCUCCAGCACGAGAAAGAAGAAGGAAAAGGCCAAGGACUUUGCGAAGCCAAAGUUUAAGGUCGGAAAGGCCAAAGUCAAGCCUGCCAACUUCACAGACACCAGCUUCAAAGCAAAGUCGAUUGCUAUGGGCCACCAGAAGCUCUCGACUGAAGCCCCUGACAACGCAACCCAGUUCAAGCACAAUCUCUCUCUGGCCUCGACAUCACGGGCAGACAAGCAGCGUAAAGAGUCGCUGGCGCAUCUUACGAGUCAAGUGUUGGCCGACAAUAACCCUGUCGGAACCGCAACAGUGUUGAGCAAGCUUCUGCCCCUUGUCUCUGACGCUUCGGGACCGGUACGCGGCCAGCUGCUGAAGCUUUUCCGGGCCCUGCCCGAGACAGAAGUCAAGCACCACGCCGAGAAGUGCAUCAUGUACAUCCGUGCCGGUAUGACCCACCUUUCUGCCGACAUCAGCAACGACUCGCUAGCCGUCCUCGAGUGGCUCCUGGACGUCGCCGAGGAUGAGACCGUCAGCUGCCCCGGCGGCUGGGUGAAGACGCUUAACAGCUUCUGUGCCCUGAUGGGCUGGACCGUCAAGACGAACACGGGGUGGUCGACCGCGCCGAAGACGGGCCUGCGAACGAAAGACGCGCAGUCUCAUGCCAGGCAAAUCGCCGUCCUGGCCAAGUUUCUCCAAGCUGGGCUCAAGCCUGAGGUCGCUGCGCCAAGCAAUCCCAACGCUCGCUCUGAUAAUAUGUACCGCGUGCCUCGGACACCGAACCCCUUCGCAUAUCUCAACCUUUUCGGCACCCGCCGAGACGAGGAGGCCGAGAUGUACAACGACCGCGAAUCCCGGCAGCGUGUGUUCCACAGGAGGUUCCUGGACUCGUUCGCCCGUGGUGUGGAGCAGGCCAAGAAGGAGGGCGGUACCAUCGGACGAUCGGCAAUACAGAUGGACCAGGCCCUGGCUGAGGGUAUGGGAGGAUAUGAGGCGACGUCUGCUGUUGAGCCUCAAGACCUGCUCGACUUGUGGUGAAACUUCGGACUACGCUUGCUUGCAGUUACCCCCAGAAUCUUGCCCCGCCAAGACCUUGCGCGACACUGCCACUGUCAAAAGAGACCAUCACCACCAUCAACCAGGCGGCUUUUGCCUCCAAGAUCCACGUGAUUCAGGGUCGUAUACACCGUGGAAGCUACACAUCACAAAUAGCCAGCAGCGUAAUCUUCUACUCUUGUCGUCCGUCUUGGCAGCCUGAUGGCCGGCGAUGCACAACGGGACGGUCUUCGAAGCCGUUGCGCUUCUCCGCUUUAUCCGGAAACUCCGUAUGCAUAAGGUACAUGAAAGAAUGGGCUGGCGGGGAGUUCGGGCAUUAGCACCAUGAGAGGCACCCAGGGCAAUUCCAGCCCAUCGACUCGGAACAGCAUUCGUUAGAUGGCCACAAUUUUGAUACCCAUCUCACUACGGUGAGACCUCAAUCCUUCAAGUUUGCUCAUGUCCCAAGAUUGGUGAUUGAUGGCGUGGAUCCUCAGCAUAGGUAGACAUGGCAAUAAGUAUCAUCUGCCUCGUAUGCCUGUUGGCUCUCCUGUAUCAAGGGUAGUCAGGCAGCCAUCUGACUUCUCUCAUUUCAAAGUAACACCUUACAUAAAGGUUCUUGCAGUCUCCACCAUGUUUGUUCAC